UGACCACAGUGACCUGAGUGACCACAAUGACCACCAGGGUGACCACUGGGGUGAAUGACCAUCUGAGUGACCACCAGAGUGCCCAGAAUGACCACCAGAGUGACCAGCAUGACCACCAGAGUGACCAGCAGGGUGACCCCAAUGACUACCAGAGUGACCACCUGAUUGUCCACCAGAAUGACCAGCAGGGUGACCAUUUGAAUGACCACCUGAGUGACCAUUUGAAUGACCAGCAGAGUGCCCAGAAUGACUACCAGGGUGACCAUUUGAAUGACCACCUGAGUGACCACCAGGGUGACCAUUUGAAUGCCCAGCAGGAUGACCAUUUGAAUGACCAGCAGGAUGACCAGCAGGGUGCCCAGCAGGAUGCCCAGCAGAAUGCCCACCAGGGUGACCAUUUGAAUGACCACCAGAAUGACCACCAGAAUGACCAGCAGGAUGCCCAGCAGGAUGCCCACCAGGGUGACCAUUUGAAUGACCAGCAGAGUGCCCAGCAGGAUGCCCAGCAGGAUGCCCAGCAGAGUGACCAUUUGAAUGCCCAGCAGAGUGACCAUUUGAAUGACCAGCAGAGUGCCCAGCAGAGUGCCCAGAAUGACCACCAGGGCGACCGUUUGAGUGACCAGCAGGAUGACCAUUUGCAUGCCCAGCAGAGUGACCACCAGGAUGCCCAGCAGGAUGACCAGCAGGAUGCCCAGCAGAGUGCCCAGCAGAGUGACCAUUUGAAUGACCACCAGGGUGACCAUUUGAAUGCCCAGCAGAGUGCCCAGCAGAGUGCCCAGCAGAGUGACCACCAGGGUGGCCGUUUGAGUGACCAGCAGAGUGACCAUUUGAAUGCCCAGCAGAGUGCCCAGGAUGACCACCAGGGUGACCGUUUGAGUGCCCAGCAGAGUGACCAUGUGAAUGCCCAGCAGAGUGCCCAGCAGAGUGCCCAGCAGAGUGCCCAGCAGAGUGACCAUUUGAAUGCCCAGCAGAGUGCCCAGCAGAGUGCCCACCAGGGUGACCGUUUGAGUGACCAGCAGAGUGCCCAUGUGAAUGGUCAGGGUGCCCGCGGCAGCGCCCCCCAGUGGUCGUACGGCGCGUGCCCGGACGUGGACGAGUGCGCGCUGGGGCUGGCGCGGUGCCACCCGCGGGCGCGGUGCCACAACAGCCCCGGCAGCUUCCAGUGCCGCUGCCAGCGCGGCUUCCAGGGCGACGGCGUCACCGCCUGCGAGCCCACGUGUUUGUCCGACUGCGGCCACGGCUCCUGCUCGGGGCCCCCCGACUUCACCUGCGUUUGUCACCUGGGCUGGACGAGCCCCCAGCCUAAUCGGCUCCCAAAUCCCCGCAGUGCUCCCCUGGACUCGCGGCUGCAACUUCCAGAGCUCCUGCGGCCAGGGCCCGUGUGCCCCCAGUGCCAGAAGCUCCUGCGGCGCCAGGGCCCCCCAAAGUGCGACCAGUGCCAGAAGCUCCUGAUCGCCAGGGCCCCCAAAUGUGCGACCAGUGCCAGAGUGAGCCCCAAAUUCACCCAAAUUCACCCCAAAUCCUGGGUCUGUCCCUUCCAGAGCUCCUGCGGCGCCAGGGCCCGGCGUGUCCCGACCAGUGCCAGAAGCUCCUGCGAGCGCCAGGGCCCCGGCGUGUGCGACCAGUGCCAGAAGUCUCCUGCGUUGCGCCAGGGCCCCGGCGUGUGCGACCAGUGCCAAACUGGACGGAGGGCCCCGCAGUACCAGUGA